AUGACUGUUUCCGACGAAGAAUUACUUGUAUCUCUACCUCCGCAAUACCAGCCAAGAAAAACCUUAUUACGUCCUGCACCACCUCGACCUAUUCAUAUUGAGUGUCACGCUGAAGAACGAUAUUUUGUUAAUGCUUCUCCAUUGAAAAUCAAUGGAUCAGUAAAACCUAUUCGUUUUACAACGGAUAAUCAAGUUAAGCCUGAACAAUAUCGAUCUGAAAUCGUUGUUCAUAGUAAUCCGGAUGUUGAUUUGUACAUCAAACGACUUCGUGUUGCUUUCGAUGCUCAUGAUGAUUCUUCAAGGUGUAUUUCAAAAAAUGAACGGCCAUCAGCACGUAGUCAAUCAGUGAAUUCUUCAUCACAAGAAAAGCAACGUCAACAACAAGGAAAAUAUCGAUCAAGUUCAUUACCACCAAGAUCGGAUUCACAAACAAUAUUACAUCAAUGGAUUGAUGAUAUUUGUUCAAAUGAAAAUUUAAUGAAUGACGAUGAUAUAUGUUUUUUUCUUAAAAACGGUGAAUUUCUUGCUAGAAUUUGA